AUGGCCCGCAUCGAACAUCCCUACGCGUGGCUUUUCUGCGCCUUCGCCGCCCUUGGGGCUUGCUUGUACGGCUACGAUGGCGUCUACUUCACCGGCGUCAGCGCAAUGGACGUCUUCGUCGAGCACUUCGGCACGCCCAAGGCCGACGGGACCGGCUACGAGAUCAAGGCGUCCGACCUGUCGGUCAUGACCUCGAUGAUCAACGUCGGCGAGCUGGUGGGAUCGCUGACGGCCGCCCCAUUGAACGACUUCCUUGGCCGCAAGGGGGUUUUCCUUAUCGGUGCCCUGACCGUCAUCGUUGGCGUCGUCCUGCAGCUGUCGACCGACCACAGCCAUGCAUACAUCAUUGGUGGCCGCGUCAUCCUGGGCUACGGCGUCGGCGCCUUCUCGUCGACCAGUCCGCUGUACAUUGGCCUCACACUGUCAGUCGCGCAGAUCGUGGCUGCCGCCAUCAACCGCGGUACUGAGUCCAUGACGACCACCGCCGCCUACCGCAUCCCCAUGGCUGUGCAAUUGAUCUUCCCUUUGCUUGUGCUGACCUUCCUGUGGUGGGUGCCCGAGUCGCCGCGCUGGCUGCUGCGCAAAGGCAAGGGAGAAAAGUGUGACGAUGCCCUGCGCUUGAUCCACCGUGAGGACAAGACCUACUCGUCGCACGCUGAUAUGCUCGCACUCCAGAAGGACAUUGAUGAUGAAGCUGCAUUGGCUAAAGACUCGUCGUGGCUUGAUCUCGUACGAGAUCCCAUCGAGCGCCGUAAGGUUGUUUAUUCGGCCGGCGCCCUCAUUGCCCAACAGAUCAACGGCAUCCAGUGGUUCUACUACUUCGGUACCGUCUUCUCUCAGGCCAUCGGCCUUGACGAUCCUUUCUUGAUGACGUUGAUUGUCUUCAUCAUUCAAGUCGUCGUUGUCUUCGCUGCCGUCUUGUGCGCCAACAAGAUCCCUCGUAGGCCUCUUCUUCUCGUCACCACGGGUAUCAUGACCAUCUCCAUCUUCAUCGUGGGUUGUCUGGGUAUCCCUGGCGGCGAGGUGACCGAAACAUUUGGCAAGGUCAUCAUCAGCUUCGUCAUCAUCGAAAUUACCGCUUUCAACUUUGCAUGGGGACCUCUCGGUUGGACCAUUGCAUCCGAGAUGGCCGUCGGCCGCAAUCGCAACAAGAUCUACGCUAUCGCCGUCGCCUGCUUCUGGGUCACCGUCUGGGUCACCGUCUUCACUCUGCCGUACCUGUACUACUCGGCGAAUUUGGGGCCUAAGACCGGCUUCGUCUACACGGGCCUCUGCUUCGUGUCGCUGGCCUAUGUGUGGUUCUGUGUUGGUGAAGUCACUGGGAGGACGAUGGAAGAGAUCAACGACUUCUUCAUGAAAGGCAUUCCAGCUCGCAAAUGGGCCGAGCAGCCACGCCGACCGCACCCAGAAGACGGCUCCGAUACUUAUGAAGUUACAAAUGAAAGGGCUAAGAACGAUCAAGCUUAA